UGGGUGAGUCAGCCGCUGCCUGCCCCGCCUCACUGCCUUACCGCUCACUGCUGUGCUGCUGUCUGCUGAGCCUGUCCAGUCUGCUCCCCACCACCUCUGCGCACCGCCGCCGCCGCCGCCGCCUCGUCGCUCCCUACAGCCAUGGAAUUUAGAUUUGACGUGGGCCACAUCCUGCAAGAUGAGAUCACACUGGUGGACAAUAACCUCAUCGUCAAAAACUGGAAGAGUUCAACCAGAAACAGGGUGGAGUACCAGCAGUUGUAUGAGAUCAUCAAUGCCAUUGGUGAGGCAUCAUCCUUUGCACAGGGACUCAAUAACAUCAUUACCACGUCAGAGAAACUCCAGAACUCAGACCACUUGCUGUACCUGAUGAAGGAGGAUGAUGAGUCAAUAGGUGUGACCCUGGUGGUGGGUAUGCUCAAGGUGGGACGCAAGAAGUUGUUCCUGCUGGAUCCCAACCAACGCACCAAGGAAGCUGCUCCACUCUGUGUCCUUGACUUCUAUAUCCAUGAGUCAAGGCAGCGCAGGGGGUAUGGCAGGAGGCUCUUCGAUUACAUGCUGAGGGACCAGAAUGUGACACCUGAAUACAUGGCAGUGGACAAGCCAUCAGACAAGUUCUUGGGAUUCCUGCACAAGCACUACAACCUCUACAAGCAGGUUCCUCAGAUCAACAACUUUGUUGUCUUUGAGCCAUUCUUCAUGGCAGAAAGGCCAAUUGUGUCAGAAGAGGCUGCACUGAUCCAGGUGAGCCGCAGUCCUCGUGCUGCCUCUCCAGAGCAUCCCACUCAGUCUCCUAGUGGCUCGCGUCGCUCCUCCACUUCAUCCAACUAUUCCCACUCUGCUGGCCUUCCUUCCAGGCAGGCCAACAGCAUGGCUGACAUCCUUCAUGGCCGCCCUGACCGCCACACCCCUGCAGCCCGGCUGUGUCCUCGUUACCAGACUACCCUUGAGUGGAUGCGAGGACCGUCAUCUGGUAGUGAAACACCUUAUUCUCGGGCUUCUAACUCCUAUUCUGCAUCUCGCACCCCAUCCAAUACUGGGUCUCCCCUGAGGACCCCAUGGGGUGGCUCUCCCCCGCGCACUCAGCCCCACACACCCCCCACCACCUCACAGCCAGCUAGUCGCAAAAAGAGUGCUGAUCUGGUUGAUGGCCACAGCCCUGAAGGAUCAAUCGCGCCCACUCCAGCCACUUCCCCAGAGCGCUCCCCUAUUAAGGAGCCCCAGAAGAAUGGUGAGGGAGAGGAUGGUGUGAUAAGGCAGCAGCCACCACCGGAGGAGGAUGGCGUAGUGGAGAGUGUGGCCCAGAUGUCCCUCUCAGCUGGUCCACAGUCACCAGGCAAGAAUAGCCAGUGGAGGGACAGUGUAGCUCGCUCCUCGGCAGCUCUAGCAGAACGCAUGUCCUCUCCCACGGGCUCCACCAUGUCUGGCGUUUUGCACGAAAAUGAUUCAGUCCAUGGACAUUUGAAAUUCCACCACCAUGCUCUGUGGUAAGAGUUCUUGAGAUCCUUGUUUACUCAGCUAUGAAGAAGAAACAGUUGGCCGGCCCUCAGUGCUGGACACAGGAAGACACGUGGAUUUCCAGCCGAGAGACCGAUGCAGCUAAUUUCACAUUUUGCUACUACUAUCAUUCCUGCCAAUAUUAGUGUGCACUACAAUACUUAGAAACAUUUUUAUGAUAUACUAGCUCAAAAGAGUUUUACAAGACUCAAGACAAUUUGAAUACUUUGGGUGUGAAGUCUCGAGUUGUGAAUAAUUCUAGAGUAAUUGGUUUUAUUGUAGUGUAACUAGUGUGCAGCAAGAAGCUUUAGAGGAAAUCUAUAUGGUUGUGCAUGUAGAAGACAACUGUUGUGUUGGUACUUUUCAUUACACAAGUACCCAUAGAAGUCUUUGAUCAGUUCAAUAUAGAUGCAAGUACUUAUCAAUUUAUGUGGCUUUGAAAAAUAUUAACUUAGUGGGUAUGGGAGCACCUUUUAUGGGAAAAGAUUAUAACCAAUGAAAGAAGAGAUUAAGUAGAAAACAUAGUUGUAGUAUCAGAUGUUAGGAUAAGGACCAGGUGAGGAGCACAAUAAAGUGUAAACUUCACAAGGUCACAAGUGUUGUACAGAUGACAGCUGGGGUUGUGUAGCUUUGCAUCCCAGCACUCCUUACAUUGCUGGCCUGUAUAUAGUGAUUUUUUUAUGGUUUGUAUUUAAUAUUUUUUAGCACUAAGGUAAAUCUAUUAAGCACUUAAGUGUUUUUUUGGUUUUGUUGUCAUUAGUGUGAUUGUUUUGAUGUGUUAAUUUUAUUCAAACACCAAUAUAGUGGUAGUUGUGUAGAUUGUGUGCAUCAGUUUCCACCCACAUAUUUAAGAUCUGAAUACAAUUGCUGUGGGACUUGGUCUGUUGCUUUAUGUCUUCUCUGGGAACUCAUUGUAAGGUAUGGAUGGGACCACUUCAGUGUCUCUACACACAGUCCUUGCAAUCUCUGUAUUCUCAUUCUCAUCCAAUCCACAUCCUGUCCUUCUUUCUUCCUGUGGCACAGUUGGACUCUCCAUAAUACCUCCCUUAUUCUAGUCUUCUUUUUUCGAGAAUCUCUUUUCAAGCUUUUACAUUUGCUGAAGCCACUUGAGUGUUUCACUUCUCCCUCUCAGCCAGUAAUGAAAGCCAAAUGGAAGGUAGUGACCUGGUUGUGCAACAUCUUGGUGUAGGAAGGUAAUCAUUAAAAUUAAUCCCAUGAA